GCCCCCAACCCCUUGACCCCACUCCUAGGCCAGGCCCCUCCUCACAGGAUACUACCUCAUCCCUUAGAUCUCCAGGCCCCCAUCCCUUCCGCUGCCCCAGGGCCUCCCCCUUCCUUGCCAGGGGUCUGGCCUCCCAGGGAAACCCGCUCCCCAGCUUCAGAGUCCUUCCUCAGCUCACAAGGCCUGGCCCCAGAUCCUUCUUCCAGAAAACUCCUGGACUUGAAGCCUCUGGUCUUGCCCUGGCUCUAAGCCCUCUUCUCUUGGGGUCUGUCCGCUGGGAGCUUUCUCCCCAAGUUCCUCGGCCUCUUGACCCCCACAAGGCUCAGCCUUUACUCCUUGGAUCUGCCCCUUGCCCGGGAAGCCCCUUCCUCAGGAUUUCAGGCCCCUGGACUUCUCUCUGGUUCCGAGUGCUCCUAGAAACCCCUUUCUUAGACUUCUAGGAGUUUCCUCAAGACCCAGGCCCCUGGCUCAGGUACCCUUGUCUCCUGACUUCCAUUGUCCCAUGGCUUGGACCCUUCCCACUAUUCCCAGACCCCCCUGUUCCUACACCACAGCCAGGAACAAUCCCAGAGAGAUGACCCACCCCCCCCAAUUUCCCUGAUUUCUGGUUACUCUCACUGCUUCAAAAGACCCUCCCACCAACCAAUGCCAGACUCCUCCCCAGCUGGAGUCUUCGUCCCUUUCCAGGCCUUCUGCCAGGUCCCUGCCAGUCCUCAGCCACCCUCACCCCAGAUCCCCACCAGAGAUUUGUCUCUGUCCCUUCAUCCUGUAGGAGGACCCUGCCUCCUAGAGAUCCCCCAUCACCACCACCACUGCCGUCACGACCCGUCAUGCUGCAGGCCAGACUCUGAUUUGGAGUCUUCGAUGAGAAACCCACCUCUCCCCCACCCCAGCCCAGUCACUCCAGAAAGUGACAAGGAGCCCACAGGCCUGGGUUCCUGUGCUGCUUCUGCCAGCCACUUUGCACUGUGACCUCAGGCAACUGGCUCUCGCCUUCUGAGCCUGCCUCCUGCCCCGCAAAAUGGGGUGAUGGCUUGAGUCCCUCAGAGGGUUAGUCGAGAUGAUGGGGGCAAAGCCCGACCCGUAGGAUGCACUCCACACAUGUCCGCUGCUGUUGUGAGUGUGGAUAUGAUCCUCAACCCAGGGCUGUCAUUGGUGGUUAUGGGAGCUUGCAGACCCACUCCCUGCUCGGAGCUUCAGUUUCUUCACCUCUAAAUGGGGUUGAUGGUAGCACCUCCCUGUUAGGGAUGUUAUAAGGAGCCAAAAAGAUUAUGUGAGCGAGACGUACAGGGCCAGGCCUAUUGUAGCUGCUAUUAUUAUUAUUGUUGUUGUUAUGACUUUGAUUUUUCAGAGAAGUGUAAGUUCAAAUCUAGUUUCUGUCCGUCCCUAGCUGUGUGACCUCAGGCAGGUUACCUCACCUCUCUGAGCCUCAGUUUCCUCAUCCGUAAAACAGGGCUUGUAGGAGCACUUCCUCCUCCUCUUAUUGUUCAGAUUUGUGCAUCAUGGGGACUUCGGGAAGGCUAAUUCUCCCCUCUCCUCCCAGCUCCAGUCUGUAAGACCUGCUUGUCAGUCCUGGCAGAGGGUCACCUCUCUCCGUCUGGAAUCUGAGGUCAUAGCCCCCUCCUCUGCCACCUGGUUACCAUGAUGACAGCCAUGUGGGGUCAUGCUCCCCCACCCCAGGUUCCAGGCCCCCCACCGCCCAGCCUCUCUGGAGGUUCCCUAGCAACAGACCCGGUGUUGGGGCACCAGCCGGCGGGAGGGAGCCAGGCCAGCUGGUGGUGCCGGCCAAUUUUAGCUCCCGCCCCCAGCCCCUGAGGGCCUUGUCACCCACUGCCCCAGCUGCCCCUUGCAGGGGUCCCUCAGCCGCGCUGCCUUCAGUGGGGUGCCAGCCCAGCCCCAGCUGGCUCCCCUCAUACCACCUGCUGGGGAUUCUUCUCCAAGCCCUUAUCUGGGUGGGAAUCAGAGGUCUUAUCUGCUGGGAUCUCCAACUCCCUUCCUGCCCUCCCCGGGAAGGAGGCCUGGGGGUGUGAGCAGCCCGGUGGGGGAUGUGGGAAAGAGCUGGGGGCUCAGGAGUCAGCAGACCUGGGUUCGAAUCCUAGGUACGCUGCUCCUCCUGUUCUGCGACCUUGGGCAAGGUACUUAACCCUGCCCUCGGCCUCAGGGUCCCCAUGUGGAGCGUGCGGGUCAUAACUGCACCCACCGUGGAAGCCAGGUGAAGGCGUGGUAGCAGCAGGCAUGUGGUUAGGGCUCCAGCAGUGGCGGCUGGCUUUCUGCCCCUUGCGGGGAGCAUUACCUUUCUGCUUCUUAUGAAUGAACUGUGUGACCUUGACAAGGCACCGUCUGGCUGCAAGCCUCAGUUUCACCUCUGGAGUGUGGGGAUACAGGUGCAGCUCUCAUUGGGCUACUGUAGGAAUUAAAUGCAGAUGAGUGCUUUAAUGCCCAGGAUUUGGCCAAUAGUAAAGCCUACUUAACAAAAAUGACAGGAGUGUGAGACAGUGUGGCACGGCAGCGGUGAAGACGUCAACUCUGGGGUAAACUGUCUGGGUUCAGGUCCGAUCUCUGAGCCUCAGUUUCCCUACCUAUAAAAUGGGAAUGAUGGUGCCUUAAUGGCCAGUGCUCAUUAAAUGGUGAGCCUCAUCACUGUUAAGUGGCCCGGCAGAUCCCUGCAAGGAGCAGCCCGGGUCCUCCUCUUCGUUGCCUACCUGGCCUCUGUCUUCCUCAGCUCCCUGUGUCCUCCUGUGUCCCACCCCCAGCCUUGGGAAGGGCGCAGGGACAGCCCAGGGUCUGAGCAGAGCCGUCUUGGCCAGGGCCUCUGUCACACACACCUUGGGCCCCAGCGCUAAAAGGGAGGCACAGUCCCUGGGGCUCACAAUCAGGACAGGAGAGCCAGGAGCAGGCAGGUGACCUGCGGGGGAGAGAGGCCCAGGAGGGACGGGAUGGCAGGAACGCCACGUCGGGGACAGAUCGUGGCGUAUGUAGCGUGGGAGUCAGCGGGUGAGGGCGGCGAUGGAGCAGCAGGGCGGUGCCACCCCACGCCCACCCCAGCGAGGAAGCAACAAAGUUUCCCACAGAAGGAAGGUUAACAAUACGGGGCUACAGUGUCAGGGCGAAAUGAAAGACGGUUGGUUACAGUGUUUGGAGUAGAAUUUGGGGCAAUAAGGAUCAAAAGAAAGCAUUGCAGGCAGUUAACUGGAAGUCAGAUGUUGAAAUAGGGCUUGCCAUAGAAUUGGGGGCUGGAUGGGGACAGUGAUGGAUAAAAUGGAAUGUUGGGAGCAGUGAGGGUUGGGCUAGAGGGUUGAGUCCAGACUGAGUUGGCGUUGAUUGGGGUUGAGGGCUGCAGCGUUAGAAUACAGUAUCUUGGAGCUGAUGGAGGUUCUAGUAAUUAGAAAGGGAAGUUGGGGGAGUGGGUAGACUGAUUGCAGGGAGGGGUGAAGAAGAGACCUGAUACCUGGGGUCCCAGGUGCUGCAGAGUUGGGGGAGCCCCAGCAUCUUUGUUCUUGGAGGUGUCUUUUCACAGAGAAAUAUGGGGGAUCUUCUCUCUGGCGUGGGUUUGAAAAGCGCCACGAGGGGACCAGUGGCCAUGGCUGGAGUUAACCGCCCCAGCACACAGGUGGAUUGGAUGGGCGCUGCCCACCUCUCAUGCUCCGUCUCCCCCGCCCAGCAUGGCACCCUGGGCAUUGGCCGCUCCUCGGACAAGGGACCGUCCUGGUCCAGCCGCUCCCUGGGUGCCCGCUGCCGGAACUCCAUCGCCUCCUGUCCGGAAGAGCAGCCCCAUGUAGGCAACUACCGCCUGCUGAGGACCAUUGGGAAGGGCAACUUUGCCAAAGUCAAGCUGGCCCGGCACAUCCUUACCGGCCGGGAGGUCGCCAUCAAGAUCAUCGAUAAAACCCAGCUGAACCCCAGCAGCCUGCAGAAGCUGUUCCGAGAAGUCCGUAUCAUGAAGGGCCUAAACCACCCCAACAUCGUGAAGCUCUUCGAGGUGAUCGAGACAGAGAAGACGCUGUACCUGGUGAUGGAAUAUGCAAGUGCUGGAGAAGUGUUUGACUACCUCGUGUCACACGGCCGCAUGAAGGAGAAGGAAGCUCGAGCCAAGUUCCGACAGAUUGUAUCGGCUGUGCACUACUGUCACCAGAAAAACAUUGUACACAGGGACCUGAAGGCCGAGAACCUCUUGCUGGACGCCGAGGCCAACAUCAAGAUCGCCGACUUUGGCUUCAGCAAUGAGUUCACGCUGGGCUCGAAGCUGGACACGUUCUGCGGGAGCCCCCCGUACGCCGCCCCGGAGCUGUUCCAGGGCAAGAAGUACGACGGGCCGGAGGUGGACAUCUGGAGCCUCGGCGUCAUCCUGUACACCCUCGUCAGCGGCUCCCUGCCCUUCGACGGGCACAACCUCAAGGAGCUGCGAGAGCGAGUCCUCAGAGGGAAGUACCGGGUCCCUUUCUACAUGUCAACAGACUGUGAGAGCAUCCUGCGGAGAUUUUUGGUGCUGAACCCAGCGAAACGCUGUACUCUCGAGCAAAUCAUGAAAGACAAAUGGAUCAACAUCGGCUAUGAGGGUGAGGAGUUGAAGCCAUACACAGAGCCCGAGGAGGACUUCGGGGACACCAAGCGAAUCGAGGUGAUGGUGGGUAUGGGCUACACGCGGGAAGAAAUCAAAGAGGCCUUGACCAGCCAGAAGUACAACGAAGUGACCGCCACCUACCUCCUGCUGGGCAGGAAGACUGAGGAGGGUGGGGACCGGGGCACCCCGGGGCUGGCCCUGGCACGGGUGCGGGCGCCCAGCGACACCACCAAUGGAACAAGCUCCAGUAAAGGCACCAGCCACAGCAAAGGGCAGCGGAGCUCCUCGUCCACCUACCACCGCCAGCGCAGGCACAGCGACUUCUGUGGCCCAUCCCCUGCACCCCUGCACCCCAAGCGCAGCCCAACCAGCACAGGGGAGGCGGAGCUGAAGGAGGAGCGCCUGCCAGGCCGGAAGGCGAGCUGCAGUGCCGCGGGGAGCGGGAGCCGAGGGCUGCCCCCCUCCAGCCCCAUGGUCAGCAGCGCCCACAACCCCAACAAGGCAGAGAUCCCAGAGCGGCGGAAGGACAGUACGAGCACCCCUAACAACCUCCCCCCCAGCAUGAUGACCCGCAGAAACACCUACGUUUGCACAGAACGCCCGGGGGCUGAGCGCCCAUCCCUGUUGCCAAAUGGCAAAGAAAACAGCUCGGGGACCCCACGGGUGCCCCCCGCCUCCCCCUCCAGUCACAGCCUGGCUCCCCCAUCAGGGGAGCGGAGCCGCCUGGCACGCGGCUCCACCGUCCGCAGCACGUUCCACGGUGGCCAGGUCCGGGACAGGCGGGCAGGGGGCGGGGCAGGUGGGGGCGUGCAGAAUGGGCCCCCCGCCUCUCCCACACUGGCCCAUGAGGCCGCACCCCUGCCCACUGGGCGGCCCCGCCCCACCACCAACCUCUUCACCAAGCUGACCUCCAAACUGACCCGAAGGGUCACAGACGAACCUGAGAGAAUCGGGGGACCUGAGGUCACAAGUUGCCAUCUACCUUGGGAUCAAACGGAAACCGCCCCCCGGCUGCUCCGAUUCCCCUGGAGUGUGAAGCUGACCAGCUCGCGCCCGCCCGAGGCCCUGAUGGCGGCUCUGCGCCAGGCCACGGCGGCCGCCCGCUGCCGCUGCCGCCAGCCACAGCCGUUCCUGCUGGCCUGCCUGCACGGGGGUGCGGGCGGGCCCGAGCCCCUGUCCCACUUUGAAGUGGAGGUCUGCCAGCUGCCCCGGCCAGGCCUGCGAGGAGUGCUCUUCCGCCGCGUGGCGGGCACUGCCCUGGCCUUCCGCACCCUCGUCACCCGCAUCUCCAAUGACCUCGAGCUCUGAGCCGUCAUGGCCCUGGGUCCCCUCCUCUUUUCCUCUCCCACUUCGCUUCGGCAGGAGAGAAAGGGGGUCAAGGAGGGGACUCUCCCUUUGUCAUCACUUCAGUUUCCCUGAAAUCGGUCUGGGGGCAGAGAUUGUCCCCUCUGCUGUUCUCUGGGGCCGCUGGGCAGGAGAGAAGAGCAAAGGGGCUUAACAGGGGAAGCUGGCGCCUUCCUGGAGCCUCCAGCUCGUCCUGUCCCCCCUCACCCUGCCGCGGGUACCUGAGGAAACUUUGGGGGCAGGGGGGCAGAAAGGGAAACAGGAAACUUCCAUUCCCCCCAACAGCUCAAGAAUUAGGCCUUGGGCAGGGGCAAGAAGAGUUGCUGAGCCUAAAGACUGGACGGAGAACUGGGGUGGGUGGGGUUGGGAGUGGGGGUCAGAGAGGCAGAUUCCUUCCCCCCCCAUCCCCUCCUGCUCGAACCCCCCUUUCCUGCCCCAGGCUGGCGCGGGGCACUUUGUACAAAUCCUUGUAAAUACCCCGCCCCCUCCCCUCUGCAGAGGCCUCCCGAGGAGCUGCCGCUCUCACCUCCGGUUUUUAAGUUAUUACAGCCCCACCCUCCUCCUGUCAGCCCCUCACCUGCAGCCUGUUGCCCAAUAAACUUAGGAAGUCCCCCCUCCCCCACGCUGACCCUGGGGUCUUCCUUCCCUGCCCUCACCUGCAAGUGAGAUGAAGAGGAGGUGUGUGACUGGGUCAGUGGUCUCUCCUUUCUGAGCCUCGGGUUUUCUCGUCUGCAGAACGGGAGUAGUGGGGGUGUGAGGGUCAAGGAUGAUGGUGGAAGAGGGCAGGACAGGACUCGGCCUCAUCCACGAGGCCCCAGUUCCUAUACCGGACCCCCGUUCAUCCAUUCACAUACCCACCCACAUGGUAUACUGGACUCUAAGCCACUUCUUACUCCAGCAGUACAUUUAUUCAAUAAACAGUCAUUGACCGGUG